AAGAACAGUGUAAGCCAAUUCAUUGACAGACACAGUACAAACCUCUUUUUAAAAAGACUUUUUAAAACAGUUAAUUCGCUUAUACCCCAAAACCAUCAGCUGGAGAAAGAUGACGGGCACGAAAGCGAUGGAGCGUGGCGUCACGAAGAUGGUCGUGUUGGGAGGUAACUUCGAAAUGGGAGACUUUUACGACUACCGAAACGACCGCAUAGUAACAGGAAGAAAAUGCUGGGAUUCGGAAGAAAUAGCGGGAGCUACGUGGAGCGAUAAUCGAUUUACUUUGAAAUUAAAAAGCCCUGAAUCCGGUUCAACUAGAAACAAGUGGGAAAACAUGGGCCUUAAAGAGCAUUCGCAGGCCAGCAUCAUGGCCGGUCUAAUUGAAAAUCAUCGUGGUGCUGCAAAGUACCUGAAUGAUCGAGACGGUCUUUCAGAAGCUAGCCAAGUCUUAAUUUGCCGAGUCAAGUCAAGAAAGUUGAAGCUGGACUUCAAGACUCUUAUCAGCCAAGACGUUCCACAUCUGCAGGAUUUAGGACAAGAAACGCAAUCGGAAAAGAACCCAACCCAUGUUGUGGUGGGCGUCACAUACGGGGCCGAAGCCUAUUGCGUCCUAGCGUUGGAGUCGGACGAAAACGCUCGAAAAGAUGCCGAGGAGUUUCUGUCCAAAAUAGCAAGAAAAAUGGAGGAGGCGUUAGACAACUAUCUCGAUCUCAGCGACUUUAAGGAACAGUUUGAUAAGGAAGAUAAGACCCAGUUGACUCGUGUUAAAUGUCGCAUGUUUGCCGAUCUCCACACUUCGGCUUUCCGCGAAUGCGGAGUUUUUGAAGCUUACAAACAAUGCUACAAGAUCAUCCAGCAAGUCCAGAACACGGAAGGAGGUAGCAACGAAUCCAUUCCGAUUGCCAUCUUUCUUUGCCCUCUUAAAGCUAUCUUGGGACAAAUCGAGGGUAAACAAUUCGAAUAUCACGAUGUCGAUUCAGAAGUGGUAGCUCGUUGCGGCCUUAUUUGGAACGAACUGGAUCGAAUUUGCGCGAAAUCAGUUGCAUUUCGCUCUGUCAACAAAAACGCCGAUAAUAUUUCAUUCCGUCAGUUCGAGGAGGCUAUUGCUAAAUACAAGGAACUCGUGCAAAAGAGUUUGAAAAACGGCAUCACGAAAGCAAGAGAAACUGGACAGCAAGACGAAAUUGAAAGGGUCAUUAACAUCGGUGAAAAUCACCCGAUUUUCAAUCCAUCUCGUUUGGAACAAUGGCUCCAAUACCAGCAAGCCGAGUGCGAGAUGUACGAUAAGAUCAGCAGUAUAACCAACAUCGUUUGUUUGUCGAGCAAAAAACAAUUGGAAAUGGAACUGCAAAAUUCGUUUGACGCUGAAUAUACGCUGGUACUCAGCGUUCCAUUGUUGGACGAGCGGAUGAACGGUAUACUAGAAGCUAUGAAGAACUACGUCGAUUCUAAAUUGGUGUACAUGAAAGAAGAUCCGAAUGCCGACGCAAACAGAAGUGUCGAAGCAGACUGCGAAGGCAGUGACGAUUUAGGCCACGGUAUUCAACGGAAGCGGAAACACGUACUCGCUAAAAUUCAAGCGUUUACCGAUUACGUGGAAAAGAAUAAACACCUAGAGAAAAUUGUGCAAUUCUUUAUCGUACUCCGGCAAUCAGUCGUGGAAUUCGGCUGUCGCUAUUCUGUCUACGAAACCGGCCGGUUACUUAGGGACAACUUGAACCAAUUGCCCAGACCUCCCAGUGGCCUGCGGAUUCGCCCUCCGAAAACCCGUCCUGCUAGAAAAACAACUUCUACGUACGCCAUCGAUCUCGAGUGGGACUAUGAAGACCUUGGUUUCCCGUGCCACUUCUUGGUAGAAUAUCGACUGGAUGGGAACAAGGAUGAAGUUUGGACGCAACGGAAGACGACGAAAUCCGGUGAGACCCAACUGGCAAUUCCCUACACAAGUGGAUCGGCGAUGACGAUCCGCGUGGCGGCUGACACUUGCAUCGGUCGAAGUGAAUUCAGCGAAGUCGUCGAUACAGUCACGGUACGCGAACUAAAUGAAGAUCAAGAGGCGAUCCAUGAAAAAGAAUGUUCAGGUUCGGAAGCGGAAACUAGCGUCGGUCCGAAAAACGAAGAGGAGAUGGAUCGAUCUAGGAAGACUGAACCUGCUGCAACAUCUAUGUCGACGAGUCAACAGCCAAUAGAAACUAAAAAUGCUGAAACUAUUUUACUGUCUACGUCUCAUGUGGUCACGUCCGACACGCCACGAAAAGGUUGGAAGGCGCCUGACUCUACGAACAUGUCAAUGAAUGAAGAACCUAUGCUAGGGAUGGAUCAAGAAAAUGAAUUUGGGGAUCACAUGACAGACGACAGUGACGAAGAUGACUGUGAAGUAGUCUCUCUUGAAGACGAUGAUGGAAACGAUGAGAUAUCACAAGUGGAAGAGGAAACAAGUAACACUGCGAUCGAAGAACACGUCACAAAGAUGGUGGUGCUAGAAGGCGGAUUUCAAGUGGGCGAUUUGUACGACUAUCGCAGCGAUCGCAUUUUGACGGAUGGUCGAAAGUAUUGGGAGUCAAGAAAAAUUGGAUCGCUGAUUAAGGUGAACAACAACUUUAGUCUGGAAUUUGAAUGCUCCGACUCGAGCACCAUGAACAACAAGAUGGAAAAUAUGGGCCUUCACGAGCACUUCCAGGCCAGCUUCAUGGCCGGUCUCAUCGAAAAGCCUCGCGGUGGCAGUAGGUACCUGACCUACUGUUGCAGUUCAUCACAAGCAGCGCAAGUCCUAAUUUGCCGGGUAGAGUCAAAAGUAACGCAAUUGGAUUUGCAGAAUCUUGCCAUUGAAGAUGUUACGCAUCUCUACGAUACAUGGAAAAAAACAAAGUCGUCUAAAUCGAAAACAAAUCCAACUCAUAUUGUGGUGGGCGUCACUUACGGAGCCGAAGCCUAUUGCGUCUUAACGCAAGAUCUUAAAGAUGCCGAGACGGACGACGAUUCUCGUGAAGAAGCUGAACAGUUUCUCUCCAACAUCGCAAAUAAAAUGGAGAAUGCUUUAGAAGAAGAACUAAAUUUGGCUGAAUUCAAGCAACAGUUCGAUAUGAACGAGAAAAAACAGCUGAGUAACAUAAAAUGUUACCUGUACACCGAUUUACAAACUGGAGUUGCACAGGAGUGCAGGGUCCCUGACGUUUACAAACACUUUCUUAAAUUCAUCCAGCAAGUCAAGAAGACUGGCAUCGGAAACAACAAAUCCAUUCCGAUCGCUGUUUCUCUUUGCCCUCUUCAAGCUAUCAUGGAACACGACGAGGGCGGGCAGUUCGAAUUUCACGAUGUCGAUCCAGAACUGAUUAGUCGUUGUGCCCGUAUUUGGGACGAAUUGGACCAAGUUUGUGCGAAAUCCGUUGCCAUUCGCACUGUCAAUAAAAAAGUCGAUAAAUCUUCAUUGCGUCAGUUUGAAGAGGCUGUGGGUAAAUACAAAUCGUUAAUGCAAACGAGUUUGAAAAAAGGCAUCGCAAAAGCAAGAGAAACUGGACAGCAAAGCGAAAUUGAAAAGGCUGCCAAAAUCACCGAAAAUCACUCGAUUUUCAAGCCUUCGCAAUUGGUACAAUGGCUCCUUUACAAACAGGGCGAGUGCAAGAUGUACGAAAAAAUCAGCAAAAUGGCAAAGAACCUUCAAUUGGCAAGCAAAAAAACAGUGGAGAAAGAACUAGGAGAAGCCUUUGAAAUUAAAUUCACCAUGGUUCUUGGUCUUCCUUCUCUAACACAACGGACGAACAAAAUACUUCAAGCGAUGAAAGAAUACACUGAUUCGUACGAGACAUUGGUUGCGUACAAUAAAGACGAAGACGAAAACGAGACAAACGAUAACGAGGAAGAAGAGAGCAACAUGCCAUGGAACCAGCAAAAACAAAAGUACGUGCUCUCCAAAGUUCGUGAGUUUGCUGAACACGUGGAAAAGAAUAAGCAUCUAGAAAACCAAGUCCAAUUCUUCAUGACUUUCUGUGAGACUGACAAGGACGUCGGAUGCCGCUACUCUGUUUAUGACGCUACUCGUCUACUUAAGGACAACAUUAGCCGAUUGCCCCAACCCCCAACAGGUUUGCGGGUUCAUGCACCGAAAACGAGUAACCCACCAAAAAGAAACAUCGUUGUAGCAUGGGACUAUGCAGAACUCGGCUUUCCCUACCAUUUUUUAGUUGAAUAUCGACCAUGUGACGGUAACGAUGAAACUUGGACGCAGAAGAAAACCACAAAUCCCAGGGAAACGCAAAUUACUAUCCCCUACAAAACGAGAUCGGCGAUAGAAUUCCGUGUGGCGGCCGACACUUGCAUCGGUCGAAGUGAAUUCAGUGAAGUCAUCAACACAGAGUCCGAGUGGGAUGCUGUCGAUGAUGAAGAAACCAGUUCAGACACCGUUUCGAUGUACUCGGAAGAAGGAAGUGCCGAAUUUAGUCGACGUUCCGAAAUGAGAAAAACUGGAAAUGCUGCUUCGUUGCAAACCAGUCAACCAUCAACGAAAAAUAUUAGAGCUGCGAUAAAACCUCCAACUGACGUGGAGGUUGAAACAGUCACGCAGAGCACAGCAGAACUGGGAUGGGUGACAUCUGCUACUGAAAACAAGAGCAUUUCUUAUCGGGUUCGCUAUUGGCAAUACGGGCAGGAUGAAUCGCAAGCUAACGAACUGGAAGUCGCCGUCGGUGAAUCCGGUUGUCGGUUGGAAGGUCUCCUUCCUGAAACGACAUAUAACAUCAACAUCGUGGCCAUUUCCAACGGCGGACGGGAGAUGAGUGAACCUAGCGAGACGCUCCACCUGACGACGGUCCAUCAACACGUCCGUUUCGCUGAAACUAUGAUCAAGCGUGGCAUCAAGAUCGGUAAUAGAAACGGGAUGGACCUCCUUGCCGUUCCACUUACCAAAUCACCUCGAUCCAAUUCAACCGUAGAGCGUUUCGUCUUUGGCAAGCAAAGUAGCGGUACAGGAAAGGUACAACACAAGACAAUUUUGGUUAUGGGAGCAACUGGUGCCGGCAAGACGACGCUCAUCAACGGCAUGAUCAAUUAUAUUUUCAAUGUUGAAUGGGAUGACAAGUUUCGAUUUCAGCUAAUUCGCGAGCAAUUGGUCGGCAGUUCGCAGAGCCAAAGUCAGACCAGCGGCAUCACGGCCUACGACAUCUAUCACACUGAAGGAUUCCGCAUCCCCUACUCGCUGACUAUCGUCGAUACGCCAGGCUACGGUGAUACUAAAGGUCUCGAUCGCGACAAGGAAAUCACAGAAAUGAUUCGCAAGUUUUUCGAGGACAAGAGCGGCAUCCAAAAUCUGGACAUCAUUGGAUUUGUGGCACAAGCAUCGUUGCCUCGUUUGACGCCUACGCAGAUUUACAUCUUCGACUCUGUCCUUUCCAUUUUCGGGAAAGAUGUAGAGGAGAACAUCGACUUUUUGUUGACGUUCGCUGAUGGCCAGAACCCACCUAUUCUCACCGCAAUUGCCGAAGCCGGGCUACCCUACCCAAAGGAACCAGGAACCGGACUUCCACGCCAUCACAAAUUCAAUAAUUCCGGUUUCUUCUGCUCAAACCGCGAGUCCGGAAGCGAUGCCAGCAACACUGCCGAGAAAUUCAAUCGCUUUUUCUGGCGUAUGGGCAUGGAGAAUUUUCAGCGCUUCUUCUCAACGCUAGCAGCGAUGAAAACGAAAUCUCUUUCGUUAACUAAACAAGUACUUGAGGAGAGACGGCGGCUGGAAGCGACGGUGGAGGGCCUUCAACCCCUAAUCAAAAUCGGUUUGACCAAAAUGGAGGAGAUGAGAAAAACGAAACAAGUGAUCACCAACAGUCAGGCGCAGAUUGACGCCAAUGAAAAUGUCGAGAUCGAGGUGGAGGUCCAUGAAGCCGUGCAAGUGAAGUACGACGGCGGUUGUCUAACUAACUGCAACAAAUGUCACGUCACGUGUCAUAUUCCGUGUUAUUUGGGCAAUACUGAAAACAAGCUCAACUGCGCUGCUAUGGACCAUUCCAUGCCAGCAGAAAAUCGAUCUUGUACCGUUUGUCCACAAAAAUGUAUCUGGAACUUGCACGAAAAUCAACCGUACAAGUGGGAAUACGUCAAGCGGAAGAAGACUACUUCAUCAGACGCCAUCAAAGAAAAGUACGAGGCGGAAAUGAACAGGAAGCUAACGGCCCAGCAACUAGUGGAUGUUCUGGAAAGAGAUGUCCAGAAAAACGAGGAGAAUGUUCUGCAACAUAUUGAGACUGUUACGCAAUGCAUCAAGCGACUUGAAGAGAUAGCUUUGCGUCCAAAUCCGUUCUCGACGCCGGAGUACAUCGAUUUGAUUAUCGACGCAGAGCAGCAAGAAAAACGUCAAGGCUACAAAGAGAGGAUCGAGAGUUUGAAGAAAUUGCGCAAGAUGGCCGUUAUUACAAGCAAAAUUAAGAAUAAGGAAAAUCUGAUGAGCCUGGAUCGAAAAGACGAUUACGAGGCCCAGACCGAGAGCGACGAAGGAGACGACAAUGAAACGGUUAACGCGUACGAUGAUGACGACGACAACAUGUCGCUUCAGAGCGCACAAACGGAUCAUUCCAAAUUCCUGAAAUUUCCAAAAUUAUUUUCUUUUCAAAAAUAAAAUAUUUGUUGUUAUCGCAGUACCCGGGGCAAUGCCACCACCUAUUUCUUGCUUAUCAAUUUUGUUUCAAGUAUUCGUUAGAAGUGAAAGUGAAGCACGUCAAAGUAGUACACGACAUCACUAUUA